ACAAUCCCACCCACCAGGCCCCAACUCUCCUCCACCUCCCCGGCUUCGCACUCGAUCACAGAGCUCCCCCCAUUUGUCAUCGCCCCGAUUCCUCCGCCCCUCCUUCCAACCGCGGUUCAGACGCCCUGGGCGCCCUGGCGGAACGGGAGACGUGCAGAGGGGAUGCGCUCCAUGAGGGCUCUGCAGAAUGCUCUGAGCAGGGCCGGCAGUCACUGCCGGCGGGGAGGCUGGGGUCACCUGAGCCGGAGCCCCUUCGUUGGCGGGCGCGUCCGGCACCACCUCAGUGAGGCCGCGGCGCAGGGCAGGGAGACGCAGCACAGCCACCAGCCGCAGCACCUGGAUCAUGAUUCAUCAGAGAGUGGCAUGCUGUCCCGCUUGGGCGAUCUGCUCUUCUACACUAUCGCUGAGGGACAGGAACGGAUCCCUAUCCACAAGUUCACUACUGCACUGAAGGCCACUGGACUGCAGACGUCAGAUCCCCGGCUCCGGGACUGCAUGAGCCAGAUGCGCCGUGUGGUUCGAGAGUCCAGCAGUGGUGGCCUCUUAGACCGAGAUCUCUUCCAAAAGUGUGUGAGCAGCAACAUUGUGCUCCUGACCCAGGCAUUCCGAAAGAAGUUCGUCAUUCCUGAUUUUGAGGAGUUCACGGGACAUGUGGAUCGCAUCUUUGAGGAUGCCAAAGAGCUCACUGGAGGCAAACAGGUGGCAUCCUACAUCCCUCAACUGGCCAAGUCAAAUCCAGACCUGUGGGGCGUCUCCCUGUGCACUGUGGAUGGUCAGCGGCACUCCGUGGGCCACACAAAGAUCCCCUUCUGCCUGCAGUCCUGUGUGAAGCCCCUCACCUAUGCCAUCUCUGUAAGCACCCUAGGCACUGAGUAUGUGCACAAGUUUGUGGGCAAGGAGCCCAGUGGCCUGCGCUACAACAAGCUCUCACUCAAUGAGGAAGGAAUCCCCCAUAACCCCAUGGUCAAUGCUGGCGCCAUUGUCGUGAGCUCCUUGAUCAAGAUGGAUUGUAACAAAGCAGAGAAGUUUGAUUUUGUGUUGCAAUAUCUGAACAAAAUGGCUGGAAAUGAAUACAUGGGUUUCAGCAAUGCCACAUUCCAGUCAGAGAAGGAGACGGGGGAUCGGAAUUAUGCCAUCGGCUAUUAUCUAAAGGAAAAGAAGUGCUUUCCUAAGGGGGUGGACAUGAUGUCUGCCCUUGAUCUCUACUUUCAGCUGUGCUCCGUGGAGGUAACCUGCGAAUCGGGCAGUGUCAUGGCGGCCACCCUGGCCAAUGGCGGGAUCUGCCCCAUCACAGGCGAGAGCGUGCUGAGCGCGGAAUCGGUGCGCAACACCCUCAGCCUCAUGCACUCCUGCGGCAUGUAUGACUUCUCUGGCCAGUUUGCCUUCCAUGUGGGCCUGCCAGCCAAGUCAGCUGUGUCAGGAGCCAUCCUCCUGGUGGUACCCAAUGUCAUGGGAAUGAUGUGUCUGUCACCUCCACUGGACAAGCUGGGGAACAGUCACAGGGGUAUCAAUUUCUGCCAGAAGUUGGUGUCUCUCUUCAAUUUCCACAACUAUGACAACCUGAGGCACUGUGCUCGGAAGCUAGACCCACGGCGCGAAGGGGGAGAAGUCAGGAACAAGACUGUGGUGAACCUGUUAUUUGCUGCCUAUACUGGAGAUGUCUCAGCUCUUCGAAGGUUUGCCUUGUCAGCCAUGGACAUGGAACAGAAAGACUAUGACUCCCGCACAGCCCUGCAUGUCGCUGCAGCUGAAGGACACAUUGAAGUUGUUAAAUUCCUGAUUGAGGCUUGCAAAGUGAAUCCUUUUGUCAAGGACAGGUGGGGCAACAUUCCCCUGGAUGAUGCUGUGCAGUUCAACCACCUGGAAGUGGUGAAACUGCUUCAAGAUUACCAGGACUCCUACACACCAUCUGAGACUCAGGCUGAAACAGCAGCUGAGGCUCUGUCUAAAGAGAACUUAGAGAGCAUGGUGUGAGCAUGGAGCACACCCAAUCCCUGCUCAAGAAAAAGCACGAACUGGCCACACAUUUAACCUAUAACCACCACACACACACAUGCUAUGGAGAGCUGCACUGUUUCAGUGGGGACCAAGACAGGCCAGUGCUGUUUGUGAGGGUCAAAAUACCCCGUUCCCUUGACAGACAGAGCAUAGAGAAGUGCCUUGGUGGAUACCUGCAUUAAUUAGAGCUAUCCAUGGAGUCCGUGGGCUUCUUCAAGGCAGAGCCUAAUUGCCUGGCCCACUCCAAACCUUCCCAGGUCUUCAUCCAGGUCCCCUCUUCCUCUUCCUGAAGAAACCAUCACAUGAGAGACAGACAGUGGUAAAGAGGCUCUAGUCACCAGGCACAUGUACAUAUCCACAGGGCUAUGCCCCAGGCUUUAGUUGUCUGGAGAAAUCUGCCCCCCUUGGCCAGGAAACAAAAGUUUUAUAGACAGAGAAAGUAUUUUAUGCUCAAAUAAACUUUAAUUACACAAAUGAU